AACGUAAAAAAAUAGCCGAAGUCAAAUCAAAUAUUUUUCCGCACACCCGCUAGCAUUGAUUGAACAAACCCUAAACUAAAUUCUCAAUUUACUCAGCCGGCGUUUAAGCAAAAAGUGGAAGAUUGUAUUUUUUUGCAAAUAUGACUGCUUUUGAAGAAUUUGGUGUGUUGCCCGAAAUCGGUAAGGCGAUUGACGACAUGGAGUGGACUCUGCCAACUGAUGUACAAGCCGAAGCUAUACCACUUAUCCUUGGUGGGGGCGACGUACUUAUGGCAGCGGAAACUGGUUCUGGCAAAACUGGAGCUUUUUGUUUACCCAUUUUGCAAACUGUUUGGGAAACGUUACGCGAUCUUGAUGAAGGAAAAGUAAGUAAGACUUCUGGUGCCGGUGGCAGUAUUGCACCUUGGACGAUGUCGUUCUUUGACCGAGGAUCAGCACUUGCUGUCACACCGGAUGGAAUGCGUUGCCAGUCACGUGAAUUCAAAGAAUGGCACGGUUGUCGUGCUACGACCGGUGUACGUGGCAAAGGUAAGUUCUUCUUUGAGGCCACCGUCACGGACGAAGGACUUUGUCGCGUAGGUUGGUCCACGGAACAAGCCAAUCUAGAUCUUGGUACCUGUCGUAAUGGCUAUGGUUUUGGUGGUACCGGAAAAAAGUCCAACAAUCGCCAAUUUGAUGAUUAUGGUGAGGCGUUUGGGAAAAAUGACGUCAUUGGUUGCUAUGUCGAUCUACAGCGCUUGGAAAUAUCCUUUGCUAAGAACGGCAAACCAUUAGGUUUGGCAUUUCGAAUACCCGAAAAUCAACGCAAUGAAACUUUUUAUCCAGCUGUUGUGUUAAAAAAUGCUGAAAUGCUGUUCAAUUUCGGUAAGACCGAUUUUAAGUAUCCACCUAAAGAUGGUUUUAUCGCUGUAUGUCAAGCCGGCUCAGAGCGUUCAAAAUCUAAUCCGCUUGCUAGCCCUACAACAAAUGCUGCAGCUAACAAGCCAGCACCAAAUGCACCCCAAGCAAUUAUUAUAGAACCCAGCCGCGAACUUGCGGAGCAAACCUAUAAUCAAAUUGAAAAGUUUCGAGUACAUUUGAGUAACCCUGAUGUACGUUCACUUUUGCUAAUUGGAGGCGUUAAGCUAGAGCAGCAAAAAAGUUCUCUACAACAAGGAGUUCAUAUUGUGGUGGGUACACCAGGUCGUCUGGAAGAGAUGAUUAGCAGUGGAUUUGUGCAAUUAACACACUGCAGAUUUUUUGUACUAGACGAAGCUGAUGCCUUACUCAAGCAAGGCUAUACUGAUUUGAUCGAUCGACUUCACAAGCAAAUACCAAAAAUGACUUCCGAUGGUCGACGUUUACAGAUGGUUGUUUGUUCUGCUACCCUACAUGCAUUCGAAGUGAAAAAGAUGGCCGAUCGCCUGAUGCACUUCCCCACCUGGGUAGAUCUUAAAGGCGAAGAUGCAGUGCCAGAAACUGUUCAUCAUGUCGUUUGCAUGGUUGACCCACAGAAGGAUAUAACCUGGCACAACCUUCGACAACACAUACGCACUGAUGGUGUCCACGCGCGAGAUAAUGUGCAUCCGCAGAAUCACACACCUGAAACAUUAUCCGAGGCCAUUAAAAUUCUUAAAGGCGAAUAUUGUAUAGCUGCGAUUGAUCAACACAAAAUGGAUCGUGCCAUUAUUUUCUGCCGCACUAAGGUAGAUUGUGACAAUUUGGAAAAUUACCUAAAGUCGCGCGGUGGCCAACGAUAUUCGUGUGUUUGUCUACAUGGAGAUCGGAGGCCUCAGGAGCGCAAACAAAAUUUGGAAAUGUUUAAGCGUGAACAAGUAAAAUUUCUCAUUUGUACUGAUGUAGCUGCGAGAGGUUUGGAUAUAACUGGUCUCCCUUUCAUGAUAAACGUAACUUUGCCCGAUGAGAAGUCAAAUUAUGUACAUCGAAUCGGUCGUGUUGGUCGCGCAGAGCGAAUGGGCUUGGCCAUUAGCUUAGUAGCUUCCGUGCCAGAAAAGGUUUGGUAUCAUGGGGAGUGGUGCCCAACACGCGGCCGAAAUUGCCAAAAUACAAACCUAACUGACGUGCGUGGAUGUUGUAUUUGGUACAAUGAAAUGAAUUUGUUAGGUGAUAUAGAGGAUCAUCUCAACAUUACCAUUCAGCAAGUUGAUAAGUCUUUGGCAGUGCCCCUUAAUGAUUUCGACGGUAAAGUUAUUUAUGGCCAAAAGAAUUUAAAUACUGGCACUGGAUAUAAGGAUCAUGUGCAACAGUUGGGGCCAGUUGUGCGAAAGUUAACCGAACUUGAAUUGCAGUCACAAUCUUUAUUCUUGAAACGCUUGAAAUUUUAAGUGUACAAUAUAUAGAUUCAUAUGUGGAACAACAUACGUACAAACCAGCCAGUUAAUCGCAUCAAAUUACAUACAAAAAAUACGGACGUUAUUCAUUUAGUAAAACAUACAUACAUAAAAUGCAUAAUUACAGGCAUACAUUAAAAUGGAAAUUUGCUUACGACUAA